CACUCAAUUGGUUUAAUCUAUUGGUUGUUGGCUCGUGAAGUGCUUCGUCUUCGAGGUACCAUUGCAAGAGACUCUCCAUGGGAUGUUGUGGUUGAUAUGUUCUUCUACCGUGAUCCGGAGGAAACCGAGAAAGAAGUAGAGACUACUACCGUAUUGGCAGACAAAGGUGUUCCUCUAUUUAUGGAUACUACUAAUUGGGACGUAUCUGGCACAACAGCUCCUGGUGGUGUUAAUCCUUCUGUUGUCAUGAUUGCUACUGCUAAUCCAGCAGAAAAUGUUAAUGAGGGAGAAGGCUGGGAUUAA